AACACGAUUGGGGAUUUACGCGAUUUCACGAUCUGCAUAAGCUGUUUAUCCCAUCGGAGAAUCACACUCGUUCAAUAAUAGAGAACGAUAGUUGUAAUAUUACGGCUUUUGUUCGCAUUUUAAAGGAUCCAACUGGUGAUCUAUGGCUUAGUUCUAAAAAUUAUUAUUCAAAAAAAGUGACUGGGUAUGUUGGCUUAAAAAACCAAGAGACAACAAGUUAUAUGAAUGUCGAGUUGCAAUUAUUGUAUAGCAUAAAAUAUUUUCGUAAAGCAAUAUAUCAAAUUCCGACAGAAGAUGACGAACCAGAUAAAA